CUACCCAGAGUGCAGCAGGCAGGCGGCGGCAGGCGGCGGCCGGCACCGAGCUGCCGGCGCUCUCCCGGCCUGCCGGCGCAGCGGGAGCCGGGCCCAGGCGGUGGCGCGGCCCAGAAUGCGAGUGUGAGAUGCUUCCCCCGGCAGCGGCGCCCCGGGCCCAGGUGGCGACGGCCCCCGCGUGGAUGCGGCUCUGGAGCCGGCGCUUCGUCCUCCACAAACAUUUCUAUAGGACUCAUUCGCCCUGCUGAGAUCGGCCCGGCCAGGCCGCCUUCCCCUUUCGCCGCCCCUCCGAUCCGCGAAGCGGUUCCCUCUAGAGAGUGUCGGCCCGGCGGGUAUGGAGGCCCCCGGCGGCGCGUCGCCGCUCACCCCAGCGCUGGUGGGCCGCCUCCGCCAGGAGCAGGAAAAGGUGGUCACUAGCUGCCAAGAAAAAAUCCAGCACUGGAAGAAGGUGGAGAGCGAUUACGAGGCUCUUCAGGAACGACUCCGUACAUUGCCUGAUAAACUGUCCUAUGACAUCAUGGUACCUUUUGGUCCUCUUGCCUUCAUGCCAGGAAAACUUGUCCAUACCAAUGAGGUUACUGUUCUGCUUGGGGACAACUGGUUUUCAAAAUGCUCAGCAAAGCAAGCUGUUGAGCUGGUUGAGCACAGAAAAAAACAUGUAAGGAAAGCACUGGAUGAUUUGCAAAAAGUCAUGAAGAAUUUUGAAUCACGAGUGGAAUUCACAGAAGAUUUGCAGAAGAUGAGUGAUGCUGCAGGUGAUUAUGUUGACAUAAGAGAAGAAAUUGAAGGUGAUAGCACUGAAACAAAAGGGAAACACCGAACUGCUCACAGACCUCAUUCGAAGCCAAAAGUCUCAAAUGUUUUUGAGGCAGAUCUUCCAGCAAAUGGAAGUGAUACAAAAUCAAUGGGCUGUUUUCAGUCAGAAGAGCAACUGUGGGCCCGUUUAGAAGAGCUUGAGAGACAAGAAGAAGCACUUGGUGAACUUGACAGGAUGCCUGAUAGAGUUGAGACAAAUGGAGAAGAUACAACCUCCUCUGAAGAGGAGAAAGAAGUUAAGAAGACAGAGCUCAAUGGGACAUAUAAAGCAGAAGACUGUAUUAUUCAGGGCAGCUUCCAUAAAGAAGUAACAAAUUCAGACUUGUUUGGUGGCCAUGUUAAUGGCUCCACAUAUUAUCACAGUGACGAUGAAGAUGACAUAGAUGCUGGAGAUAACUCUGUCCCAACUAUUUUUUUCUCACACACUGUUGAACCUAAAAGGGUAAGAAUAAACACAGGAAAAAAUACUACUUUGAAAUUCAGUGAGAAGAAAGAAGAGGCCAAGCGUAAAAGGAGGAACAGCAAUGGCAAUGGCCAUGGCCAUGGCCAUGGCCAUGCAACUCCAGAGCUGCCUAACAUCAAAACCCCAGCAGACAUUUACCGAGUCUUUGUUGAUGUUGUGAAUGGAGAAUAUGUCCCUCGUAAAUCAAUUUUGAAGUCUCGAAGCAGAGAGAACAGUGUUUGUAGCGAUACCAGCGAGAACAGUGCUGCAGAGUUUGAUGACAGACGAGGAGUUCAGAGGAGUGUUAGCUGUGAUGAAGCUACACAGAGUGACAACAGUGAAGGCAUACUGGAGGAAGAGGAGGAGGGGCAGCAGCAGCUACCAAAAAAGCCUCCUCCCUCAUCAGGGACAACAGAGGCAUUUUCUGGAACUGUUAUAGAGAAGGAGCCUUUGUCUCCCUCCAUAAUACCACACCCAGUCAUUGCUCACCCAGUCCUGCCUACCAUUCUGGAGCGAAAAUCAGAAGAAGUUUUGUCCGAAGCAUCAGAAGAAACUACAAAGAGGAUUUCCAAAUUCAAAGCUGCCAGAAUGCAGCAGACUAAGUAGGUCCUGCCGAGCCAGCUGAAGUUGGAGCGCUCCUGCCUAGUUUCAUGAUUGUGGAGAGUAUGUGAAGCUGUAUGCGCUACACCUAGCUAGUUAAAGGGGUGUCCUGGGUUAAUUUGGCAUUGGUUAUCUUCUAAACGUUUAUUUGCAACAUUAAAAGGAAAAAAAAAAGGUUAGUGUUUGAACACUUGAGUAUCCAUUUUACUUUGUUGAUUUCCCUGUGUGCUGUCAGCACCUUUGUAUAUGUUUGCCUUAUGAUAGCAGCACUCGGGUCCUUUUUCAAAACACUGUUCUUUACAUGCAUCCUUUUUGUCUUCAAAACUAAAUACAGGCAGUUUUGUGCCAGCUGUGAUGUUCUUUGUACCAUAUGGACCAUUUUAAGGAAACUUUUCACAUUUCAAAUAGAUUCACAAUUAUACUGCAUUACUUGCUUUAGCGUUUUAAGACCCACUUGUAUUCACAUUGGUGUAGGUUUUGAGACUAGGUGUCUGCUAAAAGUUGUUUUCCUUCUUUCAAACCUCUCUGACAUCUCACUGUACAGAUCUAUAAAACACUGGGUUCAUGUACAUUGCAGGGAAGUUUCUUUGAUGGAAAAGGGUAUUUUGUAAAAUUAAAUUUUCAGUAAAAAAGCUGUGAAAGUUGUGUGUCUUUUGUU